AUGGAGAAUAGCUCAGAGGUGAAAGAGUUCAUCCUUGUGGGAUUAACAGAUGCCCCAGAACUUCAGGUGCCCCUCUUCAUAAUGUUCACGGUCAUCUAUGUCAUCACUCUGGUGGGAAACCUGGGAAUGGUGGUGAUCAUCUCUUGGGACUCUCGUCUCCACACACCCAUGUACUUUUUCCUCAGUAACCUCUCUCUGGUGGAUUUUGGCUAUUCUACAGCUAUUACUCCUAAAGUGAUGGCUAGCUUCCUCACAGGCAACAAAAUCAUCUCCUACAACGGAUGUGCUGCACAAAUGUUCUUCUUUGUGGCACUUGCCACUGUUGAAAGUUAUCUCCUGGCAGCUAUGGCCUAUGAUCGCCAUGCAGCUGUGUGUAAACCCCUCCAUUACACCACCACCAUGACACCCAGUGUGUGUGCUGGUCUUGUCAUUGGCUCCUAUGUCUGUGGUUUUCUGAAUUCCUCCAUUCACACAGGAGACACUUUCAGCCUCCACUUCUGCAAUUCCAAUGUUGUUCCUCAUUUUUUCUGUGAUAUUCCACCCCUUUUGGCUCUUUCUUGCUCCAAUACACACACCAGUGAAUUAGUUGUUUUCUUCGUUGUGGGAUUCAAUGUCUUUUUUGCUAUUUUCACCAUAUUGGUAUCCUAUUUAUUCAUCUUCAUAGCUAUCCUGAGAAUGCGCUCAGCUGAGGGUCGCCAGAAAGCCUUCUCUACCUGUGCUUCCCACCUCACAGCUGUGUCUAUAUUCUAUGGGACCAUCAUUUUCAUGUACUUACAACCCAGUUCUAGUCAUUCUAUGGACACAGACAAAAUGGCUUCAGUAUUCUACACCAUGGUCAUCCCCAUGUUGAACCCUCUCAUCUACAGCUUGAGGAACAAGGAGGUGAAGAGUGCUUUUAGGAAAAUUGUCGAGGCUACAAAAUCUUCAUUAAGCUUCUCAUUUUAA